UAAAACGAAAAUCGCGAUAAAAUUGCUAAAAAGUGGCUCCAGAACGCAAGCUGAAAUAAACCAAUCAGAAGCCAGAAAAUGGUUUGUUAAGAGCCAAUGAAAACGUGUCGUUUAACAGCCAAUCAGAAUCGAAGCGCUAAAUACAAUUUACCAACCAGGGGGAGUGUGUUGGUGUAUAAAAUCUCGUACAUUUUCGUCGUUUUUUCAUUCAGCAUUUUGCAAAUUGACUGUGCACCAUGGCUCGUACCAAGCAGACCGCUCGUAAAUCUACCGGAGGAAAAGCUCCCAGGAAGCAACUGGCUACCAAGGCUGCCCGAAAGAGCGCCCCAGCUACCGGUGGUGUGAAGAAACCUCAUAGAUACAGGCCCGGAACUGUUGCUCUUCGUGAAAUCCGUAGAUACCAGAAAUCUACUGAAUUGCUUAUCCGUAAACUGCCAUUCCAGCGUUUGGUCCGUGAAAUUGCUCAGGAUUUCAAGACCGAUCUUCGUUUCCAGAGUUCAGCUGUUAUGGCCCUCCAAGAAGCUAGCGAAGCUUACCUCGUUGGUCUCUUUGAAGACACCAACUUGUGCGCCAUCCACGCCAAGAGAGUUACCAUCAUGCCAAAGGACAUCCAGUUGGCCAGACGUAUCCGUGGUGAACGUGCUUAAUUUCUUAAUUUGAAGAAAAAUCUAAACGGCCCUUUUAAGGGCCACCUACAUUCUCAUGAAAGUGAUCCCAUCUUCUAAAUAUUUUGCACUUUUUUUCGUUUUGUAAACUGUAAUUUAAGAGACUGUCAGUUUGGUCGUGUCCAAUUAAUUCCUGCUGUUCAUAUUGAAUUUUUGGCGCUAAAAUCGGACAAAACAACGAAUAGAGUAAGUUGGAUUCGCAGAGAAAUAUCAACAUUUUGCACCGAUUUUGUAUUCUUUUUUUUCUUCUAGAAACUGGAACCGAUCUUCUAAAACAGUUGGCGACUUCUGAAAUUUCCCGCCUAGUUUUUAUGUCCGUUAUUUUUGUUUCGUUUGUCUCUCUUCUAAUUUUAAAUUUUCCUUUUCAUAAUGAAAACAUUUGCACUCUUCGAAAGGAAUGAUAUAACAUUCGUUUUGAAUUUUGUCUUCGCGCUAUUCCUUUUUCGAACCGUGGGAAUGAAUCUGUGAUAGACUAAAAACUAGAGGGGUCUGGGGAUUAGAAAUGAAGACACUGCAGACGGUUAAUAAUUAGCUUUUUUUUAAAGGUAGAUGUGCACUGUUAUUCCCGAGAUAUUAUUCCUUUCGGUGAUCGAAAACUAAUUUAUCGCAAGCAAACUUCUUAAAUAUCUGCUCUAAACCCACCAUCCUACCGAUAAAACGAAAUUAGAAAGGAUUCUUAAUUUUCUGUCAAUUGUCGCGAAUUGUGUGAAUUUUCGAAAUACUUGAGAUUUUUAUUAAAUUACACGGUAACCUGUAAAAGUCAGAGUGCUGAAUUACCUAGUGUUUCUCCUGACAUAACUUAUAGAAAUUAUUUUUUUCCAAUUAGAUCUGAAUUUGAAA